AUGAGGCAUGGAUUUGAAGAGCAGUAUCUGAGUGAGCAAUUGUUAGAAUCCAUGGCUGAUGAUUUUUUGUUUUACUUUGAUGACAAGCGUCAUAGGACAUCUGGAAACCCAACACCGGAAGAAGUAAAGAGUGAAGAUGCCGAGCAUUAUUAUCAGCCAAUUCAGGACUGGAAGAUUAUUAAAGAUAGACAAAAGACUGUCAGUGCAGCAUUGCUCUUGUGUCUGAAUUUAGGGGUUGAUCCACCAGAUGUUAUUAAGACACAUCCGUCGGCAAGGGUGGAAGCAUGGGUAGAUCCACUUAGUUUUCAGGACUCUAAAAAGGCUAUAGAACAAAUAGGUAAGAACCUUCAAGCACAAUAUGAGACAUUAUCUUUAAGAACCAGGUAUAAACAAAGCCUAGAUCCAUGUGUGGAGGACGUUAAGCGGUUUUGUAAUUCACUGAGAAGACAAUCCAAGGAUGACAGAAUUCUGUUUCAUUAUAAUGGUCAUGGUGUCCCACAGCCUACACCAUCUGGAGAGAUCUGGGUAUUUAAUAGAGGAUACACACAAUACAUCCCGGUAUCCUUAUAUGAUCUGCAAACUUGGCUGGGUGCACCUUGUGUUUUUGUUUAUGAUUGUAGCAGUGCCGGUAAUAUAGUCGCUAAUUUUCAAAAAUUCGUGGAGAAGAGAAUACGAGAUGAAGAAGCUGGUAAUCCAGAUAAUGCAGCACCUUCUCCUUCGUCAGCUUACAAGCAAUGUUUCCAGUUAGCAUCGUGUCGUGCUGAUGAAUUACUAUUGAUGAGUCCUGAAUUACCAGCAGAUUUGUUUACAUGCUGUCUUACUUGUCCAAUUGAAAUAAGUGUAAAGGUAUUCUUAAUGCAAUCUGAAUUAAAAGAUACAAAGUAUAGAAUUUUUUUUGAGACUCCAACUUAUGGAUCAGGAGCAAAACAAACCUCAAAGAAAAGUUCUUUCAGGUCAAAUAUCCCUGCAGUUAAUAUUCCAGGUAUCUUGUCAGAUAGGAGAACUCCACUUGGUGAAUUGAAUUGGAUUUUUACCGCAAUUACAGAUACAAUAGCAUGGACAUCACUACCGAGACCUCUAUUCAAGAAAUUGUUCCGCCAUGAUUUAAUGAUAGCCGCAUUGUUCCGUAACUUUUUGCUGGCAAAAAGAAUAAUGCCUUGGUAUAAUUGUCAUCCAAUUUCUGAUCCGGAACUACCAGACUCAGUGGCUACGCAUCCAAUGUGGGAUGUAUGGGACUUAGCAAUGGAUGAAGUUUUGGGGAAGCUAGUUGAAGAUUUAAAACAUAACGAAUCCAGUCAGAAUUUAGAAUCUCAGUUAAUUUUGCAGCAACAGGAGUCCCUUGCUAAUCAAACUCAAAAAAAUCCACAAUCUAACUCUAACGAUCACAGACCAGAGAGUAUCAGAACGGAGUCACGAUUUACAACAGGAAAUUUAAGUACUAUGUCAUUAGCAAAUCAUCCUGCAUUGAAUACAAUUACAAGGAAAACACAAGCAGCAGCUCUUAAUUUGACUAGGCCAGCAAACCAGCAGCAAUACACAGGCUUUUUUGAACAAAAUUUAACUGCUUUUGAACUAUGGUUAAAAUAUUCCUCGAACGUUAGAAACCCCCCAGAACAGUUACCAAUUGUGCUACAAGUAUUGUUGUCGCAAGUGCAUAGAAUUAGGGCAUUAGUACUCUUAUCACGUUUUUUAGAUUUGGGGCCUUGGGCUGUGUAUUUAUCAUUAUCGAUAGGUAUAUUUCCAUAUGUGCUAAAACUGCUUCAAAGUCCUGCGCAAGAGUUGAAACCAAUUUUAGUUUUUAUUUGGGCUAGAAUAAUGUCAAUUGAUUAUAAAAAUACACAAGCAGACCUGAUCAAGGAGAAGGGGUACAUGUAUUUCGUGUCAAUUCUUGCACCAGAUUGGAGAGUUUCACCUUCAAUAACUGCAGGCCCUUCUUUCAGUAACGGGGGUAUAUCCAUGAGUACUAUGCCUGUCAUGAAUGGUUCUAGAACUCAAUUAUAUGAUCAACAAAAUACAAGAAGUCAGGUUUACCAAUCACAGCUUCAUACAUCCUCAACAACAGAUGAGCAAAAAGCAAUGGCUGCUUUUGUUUUGGCAUCCUUUAUUCAGGAUUUUAAAUCUGGACAGAUGCAUUGCUUCAGUGUAGAGCUAUUGAACAAAUUAUCCUACUAUAUUUUGAACUCUGAUGUUCCUUUGUUGAGACAAUGGUCAAUUCUACUAAUUGGGUUAUUGUAUAAUGAGAAUCCGUUGCAUAAAAGCAUAUGUAUGACCACAGGUGUAAUGGACACACUUGUGAAAGCCAUAAAGGACCCAGUUCCAGAAGUAAGAACAGCGACAGUCUUGGCACUGAAAUAUUUUAUUUCCGGCUUUGAUGAUGCAGAAAUUAUUAUCGGUCUGCAACAGGGUCUAGAACAACAAUAUCAGCAACUUCAUACACAACUACAAUAUAUUCAUAAUAACAUUCAUUCCCAGCAAUCACAGACUCCUCAGCAGCAUCAGCAACUUGAACAACAACAAUCUAAACUCGAACAACAGAUGCAUCAUUGUCAGAUACGUCAGUCUCAGCUUGAGAAUGUUGACCUGAAAAAGAUCAAGCAGCAAGAGAUUGUUAAUUUGAUAGCUUGUUUGCCUUUGAGGAAUGAUGGAUCUCCACUAGUUAGGAAAGAACUGGCAAUUAUGUUUUCUCAGAUUGUAUAUCGUUAUUGCAAUUUUUUUAUUGUUGUUGUAUUUCAAGAAUUAUUGGAUGAAAUAGCACAGAGUAAGGGUGCGACGUUUGACAGUGAGGAAUUUAGAGGGAAAAAUUCAUUUACUAAAGGAUCUGUGUUCAGUAUAAUAUGGAAGGGUUUGUUGAUUUUGUCUGCUGAUCCAUUCACAGAAAUCAGCAAAAUAGCAGAAAAGGUAAUAGAUUAUAUAUUGCUGGAAUUAAGCGUUCAUAAGGAUCUUGGAGAAGCAUUUUCAAAAAUCGAAGCAUAUCUUUCGGCAAGAAGUUCCAGUCUAAAUCAGAGUGGAAAGCUGAAUUUUGGUAACUCUCAAAUCCAAAUAGUUAAAAAGCCGAUAGGACCAAUGAAUGGUAAAGCCACAAUACCAAAUGAAACUAUAAAAAGUACCAAAGUGUCAGGCAUCUCAAAAGAGACUAAUGGUGGGCUUUUUAGUUUAUUGACUAAUUUCCGUCAAAGAAAAGAUGAAACUGGUGAAGAAGAUGAAAACAAAGGCAAUAUAUUAUCGGGCAUGUCUUACAUAAAUACACCAAAAGUUAGUCUGCCUACUGCUAGAGCACCACGUUCACAUGUUGGUAAUUCCACUAAGUUUCCAGUGGAAAGCACGUUUCUUGAAUAUUCUAGAGAGUACUUCCAAGAGCCGCAAAUGCGAAAGCCUGAAGCAGAGGAAGCUGGAAGUGAAGCAUAUAUUGCAAAGCUUUGGCGUCAAAAAAGAAACGAAGGUAUUAUUGAGGAGACUCAAAAACAGAAGAAGCUUUCGUUGUAUGGAGAUUGGAGUAAUAGAAUUCGUAGUUACGAUACAAAAUCUCAGGUCAAACUCCUGAAAUUUGCUCAGUUUGAGAAUUACUUGGUAUCUUCAGAUGACAGAGAUGCAAUUACAGUGUAUGACUGGGAUGAAAAUAAGACACUCGCUAGAUUUUCUAAUGGAAAUCCAUUUGGGACCAAGGUAACAGAUAUAAAACUCAUGAAUGAGGACGAUAUCCCUCUAUUAAUGGUAGGUUCAUCUGAUGGUUUAAUAAAAAUAUACAAAAACCUUCAUUCAGUUAACGAUUUGCAAUUAGUAACUGCCUGGAGGGGAUUAUCAGACAUGUUAUUGACUCCCCGUUCCAACGGUCUUCUAUCAGAGUGGCAACAAAGUAGAGGGUCCCUUUUAGUUACUGGUGAUGUUAAAAUAAUUAGAGUUUGGGAUGCACUGUCGGAGAGCUUGGAGGUCGAUAUACCUGCGAAAACAUCUUCUUUGUUUACGUCCUUAACAUCUGAUCAAGUUGCUGGGAAUAUAUUUGUAGCUGGUUUUUCUGAUGGUACAAUUAGAGUCUACGAUAGAAGAACAGAUCCAAGGUUGGCAAUGGUGAGGAGAUGGAGAGGUGGUGGUGGUAAACCGGGAGCAUGGAUUAAUAAUGUUCAUAUGCAAAGGGGUGGCUAUAGAGAAUUGGUUAGUGGUUCUACUAAUGGUGUAGUUGAGUUAUGGGAUAUCCGUCAUGACCAACCAGUGGCUACAUAUGUUGAUGAAAAUAAGAAGGAUGGAAAGCGUGAUUCCACUACAAUGGUUAGUGUACAGGUACAUGAGCAUGCACCUAUUUUUGCUACUGGUACAAAAAGCAUCAAGUUAUGGACAACUUCUGGUGAUAUCCUUUCGUCUUUCAGAAAUUCCAAACCAAUUGGAGGUAUUGGUGCUGCAAGUACAUUUGCUGCAACAGGUAUUCGUAAUACUCUGUCCAAUACGUCGUCCACUUCUGCAUUUUUGUCUCAGUUAGCGUUCCAUCCUCAUCGUAUGAUGUUGGCGGCCGCAAACUCACAUGAUUCUUUUGUUAAUAUAUAUUCAUGUGAAGAGAAAAGAGAUAAUAUUUACCUACCAUUCUUUAAGUGA